AAAUAUAUAGAGAAAAAUUAAAGUUCCCACCCACCAUCAGUCAUGUUUUCAGGGGCCCGCGAGAGUGGGCUAGCUGAGCACUGUGAUGUGCAGGAAGGCCCUGUGCCAGAGCCCAGCUUCUCUGUGGUGUGAGAGCGUCCGCACCAGAACUAAUCAGACCUCUGCUGCUUUUCCGUUCAUGCCGGCUGUGAGCGCCUCCUGUCCGCGGAUGUGGCCUGCCGCGGUGACCUCUCACCCUGCCUGCUUCCUGCCCGUUAUUUUUCAGCAGCCGCCGUCCUCCAGUGGCAGCGUGUUCGGGUCUGGCAGCGCUGGAAGAGGGGGAGGUUUCUUCAGUGGCCUUGGAGGGAACCCCAGCCAGGACGCAGCCAACAAAAACCCAUUCAGCUCGGCCAGCGGGGGCUUCGGAUCCACAGCCGCCCCAAAUACCUCUAACCUAUUCGGAAACAGUGGGGCCAAGACGUUCGGUGGCUUUGCCAGCUCGUCGUUUGGAGAGCAGAAACCUGCUGGCACCUUCAGCGCUGGAGGAGGAAGCGUGGCAUCUCAAGGCUUCGGGUUCUCCUCUCCAAAUAAGACAGGUGGCUUCGGUGCUGCUCCAGUGUUUGGCAGCCCUCCUACUUUUGGGGGAUCCCCUGGGUUUGGAGGGGUGCCAGCAUUCGGUUCAGCCCCAGCCUUUACAAGCCCUCUGGGCUCGACGGGAGGCAAAGUGUUCGGAGAGGGUACUGCAGCCGCCAGCGCAGGAGGAUUCGGGUUUGGCAGCAACAGCAGCACCACGUCCUUUGGCACCCUCGCUGGUCAGAACGCGCCCACCUUCGGGUCGCUGUCCCAGCAGACUUCGGGCUUCGGGACCCAGAGCGGGGGCUUCUCCGGCUUCGGAUCGGGCACAGGAGGAUUCAGCUUUGGAUCAUCGAACUCGUCUGUCCAGGGCUUUGGUGGCUGGAGAAGCUGAGUGGGUGUCGUGCUCCUCGUCACUGAGCAGCAGCCUUGAAAGCGGACAUUCCCGGUGGCACACCAGACAGACAGAAACACCUCGGCAGAUGCACUUGGUCUUAUUUCAUGUUGCUUAUUCCCCCCUCUGCCCCUCUUAUUAAACUGUUUGGUUUGUUUGCAUACAAAAUGUAA